AUGGCUCAUGAAACACUACAACAUCAAUCCAAGCGACAACAGCCCAUACAGUUUUUUCAGCAGUGGUGUGAAAUCAAGAUUAUUAUUAAGAUUAGUAUUAUUAUUUUAAAAAACUUGUUGUUCUUCUUCUUGUUUGCUCUUUUUGGGCAGAAUGCGCCGCCGAGAAAGGAAGAAGCUGGAAAGCAAUGCCGAGUGCCUUGGGAUGGACAACAUGGCAAGGCACGGAGCAUUGCUUAUAAAAAUGGCCUUACGACUAAAACAAAUGGAUAUCAGAUCAUCUCAUUUUUACAAGAUAUAUAUAAUAAUCUUAUAAAAAACUCACACUUUUGGAGUGGAGGAGCUGUGUGCAGUCAAAGUUAUGUCGAUCUGAGGGGCAUAGAUUCAAAUAUGAUAGGGGCGUACCCGUCGAUUCCUCGUAAAGUUAAGCAACUAAAAAUUUUAUCGAUGGAAAGGAUUGGUCUGGAUGGUGCAACUACUACGAAACAUCAUAGAUGGAAAUGAUUAGUAUUAUGGAUGGUGCAACUACCGCAUCAUAGAUGAAAAUGAUUAGUAUUAUGGAGGGUGCAACUACCUACGAAGACCUCAUUAUAAGUAUUGAAUGCAUGCGAUAGACCUCAUGGUUUAUAAGUAUUGACAGACAUGAAUAAGCUCAUUUAAACCGAUUUUUAUUUUUAUUUUUAUUUUUAUUUUUAUUUUUAUUUUUAUAUAUAUUAUGAAAUGCUAAUACGUACGUGCUUCAACGUAUAUCUUACAUGUUAAUAGUUCUAAUGCGUCAA